AUGUCUUCUUCCAAAUCUUCGACGCUCGAUCUCGCUCAAAUUCUGAAGCGAAUGCUCAUGGCAGAGAAUGACACUCUCUACCGAUCUUCCGAUGUGGCCACUCUCGAACAACUUAUUGAAAUGAACGGAGGAGAUUUAUUGGCAAGUUUUUCAAUGGUUCAUGGAGGAGAUCCCACUCCAUCCAAAGUCAAUAUUUCUGAAAUCACUGAUCAGUACUAUAAGGAAAAGGGACCCACUCAAAGUAGUAGUAGUAGCAGCAGUACUACUAGAAACAACAACAAUAACAACACAAAUUAUAACACAUCAACAACAAGGAACAAUAAUAGAGACCGAAGUUUGGAGAUUACGAUUGAAGAUGAGGAGGAGAACACGAAUAUUCUUCCGAACACUGCAAUCAAUGAAGAUGAAACUGGAAAACAACAAGCCACUUCCUCUUCAUCCUUAUCGAUGAGUGAACUAAAGAAAAGUCCACAAAACGACUCCAUGAAUAUCCAAGAUCACCCAUCAUCCUCCUCCUCCUCUUCACAACCACACAGAGCCUUGACAUUAUCCAUGCAAAUGAAACUUCGAGCACUUCGGUUGAAACUACGAGAGACACCAAUGGCUACUCAAUUCGAAAAGUAUGAUGAUCAUUUGUUGGCUAAAUGGUUAGAAGACCACAACGAAGAUGUAAAUGCCACACUGGGAUAUAUCGUUUCAAAUAGCAGUGGCACAGCUCCGGUGGGUGCUUCCAGUAGUACUAGUGGAGAGGCUCAAAACGGCGAUAUUGUGAUAAACGAUGAUGAUGACCAGAACAACAAAGCACGAAGCCUCAGUUCUGCAAGUUCUAGCGAUAUUUCUGUUGAUGAUCCUUUAAGUUUGGUUGAUAAUGACGUAAAAACCAAGAGACGCCAUUCAGCUCUUACCUUAGAUAUGCAAAUUAAGAUUAGAAGCGUUAAAAUCAAAUUGAAAAACACCAAAAACAUUCAAAAUGUUGAUGAUAUCACUGUAUUUAACUUAUUACAAUUGAAUGACAACGAUGUGCAAAAAACAGUGAAAUACUUGAAGGAAUGUGAUUCGAGCACAAUAUUGAAUAGUGGAGCUCCUCCACCGACUAAGACACUCUAUAUUGCUCCAACUACUUGGGAUAAAAACCCAUCCAUCCCCAUACCACCUGAGGAGAUUGAAAAGUUAAAACAAGAAGGUAGAAAUAUUGUGAAUAUUAAUCAGUUACCCAAUGAUUCUCUUGAACAUAUACUAGAGUAUUUGGACAAGAGAAACAAUUUACAAAUGUCAGCUGUGAAUCAAUACUUCAACAAGUGUGCCUCAUCUGAUUACUUUUGGACAAGCAAGGGCCAAAAAGGUCGAAAUGGUUUAAUUGAACCUUAUGAGUUCCAGUUUUCAUGCAAGAAAAGCUCGAAAAAAGCCAAUCAAGACAUGGACACUGUUCAUUUACAAGAGCAACAACAGUCAACAACAAAUAAUGAUGAGGGACCAUCUUUCAAAUCAAAAUACGCCAAAUACAAGAAGGAACAACUUGUUCAACAACGAGUGAUGGAAAUUGAACAUUCCAUCGUUCAAAAUAAGAUAAAUGACCUCUCCAAUAGAGAUUAUGAAUGGAAGGAACAUGUUUAUAAAUCCUGGAUAGGAUUUAUCGUCGUUUCCAUUGUUUCAGCGGUUGUGGGACUGGUAUUAAUUCCACUUUUCAUGGAUGAAUAUAUCCCUAAUGACAUUGGAACAUACUAUUGGUUGUUCUCAUGGCUUUCAGUCGGAAUUGUUACGAUUCCCUAUUUCUUGAUCAUGAUUGCUCAUCAUGCACAUUUAUACGAGUUUUAUCCUGCUUGGACCUCGAAACAGUUGAAAGACUUUCGUAUUGAAUAUACUACUCAGACAUUCAUACUAUUUAGCUCUACUUGGAUGUGGAUUCCCUAUAUAUGGCUUGUGGGAGGUGUAAAGAAUGCUGUUUUUCCUGAUUUACCCAUUUUGAGUUAUAUUGCUAUUCCUGCCUAUGUUUGGUGUUUGUUAUCUUAUCUGUGUGGUGCUCCUGCUCUUAAAUCAAGUUUGAAGGAAACUCAAAGGGAGAAAGCAGCAUUUUAUGUUUCGACAUUCACAUAUGGCCUUUUAUUAGCCUUUUCUGUGUUGUUUAUUAUUUUGUUAUUUGCAAAGAUUGAUGGACUCGAGUAUGCACUGAAUAUUCCUUGGUCCUUAAUAUUUGUUCCACUCUAUGCUGCUAUUUCAUGUUUCCCUUUAGGAUUUUUAAUUGUGCCAAUUGUUGUUUUGACUCUCAACAACGAAUUUUGGGCUGGUAUGGGAACUGGAUGUGGACUUGGAUUUAUUGUGUUCCUUAUUGUGAGUCCUAUCUACAUUGUAGUGCCUUUAAUUGGUGCUGUGUUAGAUUCCUUCAUUUUACAAACUGCAUUUCCUUUUGUUGCUGUUUUUUCGAUUGCUUAUGGUUUAGGAUUGAUUGUUCUAGGUAUCGCAGCAUGUGUUGGAUGUGUCUUUAUUUGUUGCUUUUUAUCUAACGUUCAAGAUGAUUGA